UUCUUCCUCUCCACUGUAAGUCCUCCACUCCUCUUGGUGUCGCCCACAGGCCCGUGUUGAGUCACCAGCAGAGCUGCUCUGUGCUGAUCAUAGCAACCAGACACAGACAAGUUUGGACUUGUCUCCUGACUGAGGCCACCGGUCGGUCUGAACUUCCUCCGCCUGCAGAGCAGGCCCUGCUGAACGUGUCCACCGCUCCGGGGACGAAAGGACACGCCAGGAAGACACGCGGGUCUGAGACCAGAGGACCCUGGAGUCUGGCUCCUGGCUCCUCACCAUGACCUGGUGCCCAUUCCUGCUCUGACUCUCACCCGGUGAGAGUGUGAGGGUCACCAUGGCAACCGAUCCACGGGGCAACCGGCAAGAGCAAAGGUUCGGCCCCAGUCAUCGCCUGAUCGCUAUGUUUAGGACGUGCUGCCGAGAUCCAACCGGGGCAAUGAAAGAGCGACUGACACGCAUGCUGCACACGUUCCAGCUGCACCACAGGGGCAACUUGGGAAACGAGAGGACCAAAGAGUUGGCAGCAAAGUGCUGCGGCGAGGCUGAGAGCUGGUAUUACAGGAUCCUGGAGAGCCUCCUCAGUCAGGAGAGGAGGAGGCUGGGCCUCACUGACAUCACGGGCAUCUUGGAGGCGGACCUUUUGCAUUGCUGUCUGGUGGCCUGUUGCCUGGAGAUUACCAUAUGCUCAAACUAUCUGCCGUGCGAUUUGCCUCAGCUCCUUCAGAUCUUGAGGGUUGCAUCGUACCACUUCUGGAGGGUGAUUGAGCUGGUGUUGCGGGCUGAAGUGGGGCUGCCUCACGCUGUCGUCAGGCACCUCUCCCGAGCGGAAGAGAAAGUCCUGGAGAGCUUGAGCUGGACCAGCGGCUCGCCGCUGUGGGAGGAAAUCAGAGCCGACGGGGGCCGUCUGCCUACCUGCCAACAGGUGACGCCUCCUGCACAGCUUGACGGUCCAAAUACAACAGACUUGCAAUCUGACCCAGAGCCACCUGCAGUACAUGUCAGUUUGUGUCUACCAGCACUGACCAGCACUUGUUUUCCAUCAGCUGUAAACAGGCCUCAGAGAGGCAGCUCCCUCCAUCUGUUCGCUCGCAAGGUUUACAGCUUGAUGGGCAGGCGCCUGAGGGCGCUGUGCUCGGCGCUGGACGUUUCCGACAAGCUGCGGUUGAAGAUCUGGACCUGUUUCGAGUACUCGCUGGUCCACUGCACCCAUCUCAUGGCGGACCGCCACCUGGACCAACUGCUCAUGUGUGCCAUCUACGUCAUAGCCAAGAUCACCGAGGAGGAGAUCCCCUUCAAACGCAUAAUGAAGUGCUACAAGUCUCAGCCACAUGCCAGUGAAAGUAUCUGCAAAAAUGUGCGGAUUUCAGGAAGAGACGCGGACAAUUCUCCCAACAAUAAUGGAGACCCCUGCAGCAGCAUCCCGACUCCCAACGAGCCAACAACACAUUAUCCAGGACCCUAUCAGGAGCAGAGGGGCAGCCUUAUCUACUUUUACAACCAGGUCUACACGACAGAGAUGCAACACUUUGCAAAGCAGUUCGCCCUGACCUCUGGAGGUGAUACUCCUCCUCUGUCUCCCUAUCCACGACAGUGGAAAGCAUCUCCUCGCCGACGGCAGCUGUCCAGCAGCCCCUCCGUCUACAUUUCCCCCUACAAGCCUGAAACCCCCUCCCCUCGUGCGUCGGGGCUGUGCUACUACUUCAGCUCAAGUCCCCCGGAGUGUCUGCGCGACAUCAACGACAUGAUCAGAGCGGGCGGCUCAGCCAACAAGCGCGGCUACGCGGUGUCGCUGGACGAGGAGGAGGAGGACGGAGGAGAACAGGGGCCUUCGGCCAAGCGGCGGCGUUCGGACGAGCAGUCGGCCUGGCAGAGGCGACUGAGGGACGUGGUGGACAAUCGUGUGGCGAGAGGGAGCCAGGACCAGCCGUCUCCAGUGUGUACAGAUUGGCCUGUCCGGGGUGAAGGAGGGCCUGUCAGCGGGACGAGGCGACGCCGCACUACUGUCCAUCCACCUCCGUCUCAUCCGGGCCAGCCACACACAUCACACACACAUACAGAAGCAAACAGUCCUAAAAGAGAAAAUACCAAUGCUUAUGUUCCAGAAACUAUUUUGUGAUGAAUAUACAAAUCUAAAACACUGCGUCGGGCUCCUGAGAACCUGUGUUGCCUUUCUGUUCUUUUCCAAGCCUUCGUCUACACGAAGCAGCACACCGUGCAUCACCUUUUGUUUUCACUUUUCACGGCCAUUUUUAUGUUCAUUCUCCACUCCUCCUCCUCUGAAGCGCUCACACCUCUGGUCAGGGCUGAUAGUUACAACGCGCUCUUUCAAACGCUUCCAAUUCUGCUGCAGGCUAAAGCAAGCGAGCGAGCCUUGAAGAGAGAGUCAGCUCAUGUCUCAGCCGUGAGGUCUCAGCCAUCUCUAUAGCAGGAUAGCAUGCUCUGCAUAUCAGACUGUUACUGAUGUUCAUUUGGACAGCCAGAGACAGUGAGGGCUUUAUACAGAAGAAUCAUGAAACGCUGCCAAGGAUUACAAAAAAUGUUCCAGCCCUUUCCAGUCUCUGCCACCAGGGGGCAGUGGUCAAACGGAUACAGUCCCCUCUGCAGCCACCAGGGAGCAGAAGUGAUCUUUGCACUACGUCUGAUGCUGGCUCCAUUUGCUGAAGACAUUUAAUCUGAAAUAUAGGUUGUAAGUUUAUUACCAGUGAGUGAAUGGAGCAGGAAUGGAAUAGCCUAUUUCACAAAGUAUAUCAAAAAUACCCAUCUCAGAGGCAGCGGGGAAAUUACAUGAAAAUAUUACAUUAUACAAAUGGAAAUUGUGAUUGAAUAAUGUGCUCGAGAAGAUAAAUGAAAGGCACUUUGUUGGAAAACGUGGCACUAAAUAGGUUUUUAAUUUCAGUGGUGGGAUAAAAGAAGCACAUUUUUACCCCAUUUCACUGCCAAUUGAUCAGUGGUUCCACACCUGCAGACAGAGGGGGGGGGGGGGGGGGCUUAUCGUCUCAUUAUCAUUUAAUUAAUAUGCAUGCACACAUGCCGAUUAUCUUUCCUCUGCCAUUUAGCAGAAAUGAGACAUUGAUGUUUUAAUGGCGUCGGAAUGGAUAACUCCUCUUUUGCUUUAAAGACAAGGCAGGCACAUUGAUUGACAUAGCCGGGAAAUGUUAAGAGAGACAAUUGAAUUAAAAGGCAACCUGGACCACUUGAUUAUUAUAUUAAUACUUGUCAGCAGAUUAGCCAUUUGCUGUCUUUUUUUACUGUGAUCUAGCAGUUGUCUUUUUUUUUUUUCAAUUUCUUUUGAUUAACAGAAAAACCAAGGCCGUAUAUGUACAAAGACAGUAUCUACCAAUGGGAAUCCAUUAUGGAAACAUUUUAUUUGAAGGACAUGCAGAAUAGCAAGCUAUUAAAUUUGUCCACUGUGCCACGACUAUUAAAGGACCCAAGGCCACACCAAGUGAAGCAAACCCAGGAUGAAAGUUAUAUUAAUCAUAAUUCGUUUUACCGUACUGUGUGUGCGCUGAAUUUAUAUUCAUGUGUCACAGGGCAGUGUUAUGUGCCAGUGAAAUAGGCAAUAUUAUGGGAGGAAGCACUAUUGACAUUUUUCAUUUGUGCAUAAAUGCUCCUUGUUGCAAGUUAAGCCCAAGGCUGUAUUUUUUCUUUUUACUUUGAGCCCAAUGCCACAAUGCUGUAAUGUUGGACUAAUUCAGAAUGAUGAAAAAAAAAUUGAAAAUAGAGCUCGCCCAGCCACAUCCAAAUCUAGGAUCCAUGACUUUUCCAAACAUAAAACAUCACAGAGGACAAACUUGUGCCACUAGAGGCGGCCGCUCACAGGACUGUGCCUCCAAAAAAAAAAAAAGGAAAGAAAGAGGGCAAACAGAAAAUGAGAAGGGCAACUAAAAAAAACUCUCCGGGGUGUAAUCUCCUUACUCAGUAAUGGACCAUUUAUAUGACACGUAUAAUAGGCUGCCACAAAUAUUCACAAGUAGUGGUCUUAUUUUCAGCCAGCCUCUCUUUAAAGAUGUGUUCUUCACAGGGUAUCUUUUGUGAAUAUAUGAUCAGAGGCACGACGGCCCCGGUCUUUAAUCUUACACUGGCCUUGAAGAAUGUCACUGAUUCCAACCACCAUACCCCCACCGCCGCCCCCUCCUCCUCUCCCCACCACCACCACAACUGCAGGCUACAGAGACCGUCCUAUUAUUCACAUUGCGGUGCAGAAACACACUCCCUGGUUGUUGUUAUUUUUAUUCAAUUUUUUUUUCCAAAAGGGUAUGGGUUUCUUUACUUCCCCAAAAAUCCCAAUGAUUUUGAGAAAGUUUGCAACAACCAUCUUGUCCUCGGUGACUAGUGAAGCCAGUGCCAUGGGUAUAAAGAAUGAAAUGGGAAGGAUCAUAAUCAGUAAGUAUAAUACUGAUCCUGAUCUGAAUCAAAAAGAAAUAAAAAGUUUCAAAUGAAAUGUUGCAGUCCCAACCUGCGUCAUGUGUUGGUUUACAUGUGCUGCCUGUGACCUAUUUUGCACCUGAAUAAAUGAAUCUGACCUGUU